UUAUUGAUUCAUAAUACAUAUGCACUUCACUUAUUUCUUUAUUCCCACUAUUAAAAUAAAGUAGGCUAAUAUAAACGAAUCUUAUUUAAUUAUUAUUAAAAGUAUUUUUGAUACUUUCAUGACCUUUUCUAAUUUCAACCCGACAAAACUGAUUUAGUAAAAUGCUUAGUAGAAAACGAUUAAUUUUAUCAAAAAUUAAAGCCCGUGCCCGUUUAUACUGUCGUUACUUCUCAUCAGAAUCUGUAGGUCAUGCGGACGUAUCAUUUUCAAAUGGAACAUCUCUCAAAUUAUCAACCGGCCAAUAUGCACGCUUUGCUGACGGCGCGUGUGUAGCUACCCUUGGAAACACCAGCGUCUUAUCCACUGUAGUCUCCAAAGCCAAAGCAAGCAACAGUUCCUUUCUGCCGCUUGUGGUGGACUACAGACAGAAAGCGGCGGCUGCUGGACGUAUUCCUACUAACUUCCUAAGAAGAGAAUUAGGUCCCACAGAACGAGAGAUCCUAACAUCCCGUCUCAUAGACCGCUCUCUCCGGCCGCUUUUCCCUCAGAACUACUUUUACGAUACGCAGAUAGUUUGCAACAUGUUAGCAGUAGAUGCUACCAACCCUCCGGAGACAAUAGCUAUCAAUGCAGCCAGUGCGGCUCUUGCUUUAUCAGACGUGCCUUGGAACGGCCCUGUUGGGGCUGUUAGAAUAGGCCAAAUUGACAACGAAAUGAUUAUAAACCCUACCCGGCGUGACCUUGAGAAGUCUAACCUCAACCUCGUGAUAUCGGCAACGAAGAGCAACCUGGUAGUCAUGUUGGAAGGCAGUGCCAAUGACAUACUGCAGCAGGACCUACUGAAGGCCAUCAAAUUAGGGACGAAGGAAGCCCAACACAUAGUAAGAGGUAUAGAACAGCUGCAGAAACUGCACGGCAAACGGAAACGGGUGAUUGAGGAGGCGACGCCGGUGAGCAGUGACGUCAUAGACUCCAUAAAGACACUGUCCACCAUGAAGAUUAGGGAGAUACUCAGCGACCACAGUCACGACAAAAUGUCGCGCGAUCAUGCGAUUUCAGAGCUUCGUCAAACGGUUCUCAACCAACUGCGGGACACUGAUAUAGACGUGGGAACGCUACAAGACACCUUCAACUCUCACCUCAAGCACACGUUCAGGGAGAUGAUCUUCGAGACAGACGUCCGCUGUGACGGCAGGCACCUGGACCAGCUCAGGGACAUCAGCUGUCAGGUGUCUCUCUACGAACCGCUACACGGCAGCGCCUUGUUCCAGCGCGGGCAGACUCAGGUGCUGUGCACGGUCGCGUUCGAUUCCCCGGACAGCGCUCUCAAGAUGGACACGCUCACGAUGCUUACCAGCGGCAUAAAAGAAAAGAACUUCUUCCUCCACUACGAGUUCCCGUCGUACGCGACCGGCGAGGUGGGCCGCAGCGGAGCCCCGGGGCGCCGCGAGGCGGGCCACGGCGCGCUGGCGGAGCGCGGGCUGCGGCCCGUGCUGGCGCGCCAGCCCUACGCCGUGCGGCUCACGGCCGAGGUGCUGGAGUCCAACGGUUCAAGUUCCAUGGCGUCAGUCUGCGGCGGGUCGUUAGCGCUGCUGGACGCGGGAGUCGAACUGGCGUCCCCCGCCGCCGGCGUCGCCGUGGGGCUCGUCACCCGCACCUCAGAGGGACUCCUCACAGACUACCGCAUCCUCACUGACUUGUUGGGUAUAGAAGACUACAUGGGCGAUAUGGACUUCAAGGUGGCUGGUACAAAGAAGGGCAUCACAGCUUUGCAAGCCGACGUGAAACUGCCGGGUAUACCGCUCAAGAUAGUGAUGGAGGCUGUGCAGAAAGCGUGCGAUGCCAAGAGCAAAAUUAUCGAUAUUAUGAACCAGUGUAUCGAUAAGCCUAGGAAAGGUCGCAAAGAGAACAUGCCAGUUAUAGAAGAAAUGGAGGUGGAGCUACACAAGAGGCCGAAACUGCUCGGCUUAGGAGGAAUAAAUUUGAAGAAGUUAUACGUUGAGACUGGAGUUCAGGUGACACCAAUAGACGAAACUAAAUAUAGUGUGUUCGCGCCAUCACAAACUGCCAUGGAGGAGGCCAAAGCGCGCAUAGCGACAUGGUUGACGUCGGAGCGAACUCCAGAAUUAGAGUUCGGCGCCAUUUAUAAAGCUAAAGUCGUUGAAGUGAAAGAUAUAGGAGUUUUGGUGACUUUAUAUCCGGGAAUGGCGCCCGCUUUGGUUCAUAACUCGCAGUUGGAUCAUAGAAAGAUAAUGCAUCCUUCGGCUUUGAACCUGGAAGUAGGAUCGGAGAUACAAGUGAAAUACUUCGGGCGGGACCCCGUCUCGGGGCAGGUGAGACUCUCCCGCAAGGUCCUGACAUCCCCGCCGCCGGCGCUCGUGAGGAAACUCGACAAGAGCUAGUGAUUGUGAAGUGAUUUGAUAGUGAAGUGAUAGUGACUGAUGUGAAGCUUCUAAUUUUUGUGAUAGACUAUUGCUUGUUAUUUCGUGUAUGCCCAGUGUAGUCACGUCCCUUUGUAUCCCUUACGGGGUAGACGGAGCUUAUCAGUCUUCGUGGGACUGAUGGCUCCGCUGUAUGGCUUUAAUAUGGAAUUGAGAUUCAAUAAGUGACAGGUUACUAGCCCGCCGCUUUAAAGGAGUCCAAGUUUAUUAGCCUAUUCCUUACAUCCAUGGAAAAGUGAUGAAGUGGUCCUAUUCUAAAGUGGCAGGAACUUCUAAACAGCUCCAUAUAUCUAUAUAAUCGCGUCUAUAUCCCUUGCGGGGUAGACGAGCCAGCAGUCUGGAAAGAUAGGCUAUAGUCGUUACACGCAUGGUAUAGUUCCAUGAUGGACCUACUGACGACUACACAAGAAAAUAGUCCCUUUGUAAGUCUUCUCUACAUGUGUGAGACAAAUUUUAAAACUGCUUUGUCAUUAUUUUGAUUUUAUGUUACGAAUCACUAUUUUUGUAAAUAUGUUUAAUGACUUUAUGUUAAAAUUAUAGUAAUAAAUUACUGCCAAAAUUAAAAUUUAUAGAUAUUCAAUA